AUGUCCCAUCGAAAUGAUGCUUUAUCGGAUUUUGAUCGAAAAUGGGAAGAGAUGGCUGCUCAACGACAACAAUUUGCAACGCAUAAUGGCACGACUCGAACAGAGACUCAGAUCUCAAUCGUGAACGGAGUGAGGAAAGAAAUCGUGACAACAUAUCAUCCAGAUGGAACAAUCACAACAACCAUUGAUGGAAGACAAUCUGAUGGAGGGAAAGCACAAAAGAUUCAGGCUGAACGGCGGCCCGAGAGGCAAUCGGUGGUGAGAAUAAAGAGCAAAGCGAAAACAGUAGAGCCAUCAAAAACCACAAAAGCAUCGACGGAUUCGAGUGAUUUUAAAGCAGAGGUUCUUCAACUGAUCAAUGACUGCAGAAAACAGCAUCAAGUGUCUCCACUACGCCUUGAUGAUAAUUUGAGCAACCUUGCUCAAGACUGGGCAAAUCACCUGGCCUCUUCAGGUUCUUUUGCUCAUCGUCCGAAUUGCAAAUUUGGCGAAAACAUUGCGAUGGGAUCUGGCAGCUGGGGAACUGUGCAAAGCUUGGUGAAAAGUUGGUACGAUGAAGUGAACGACUACUCUUUUUCGAAAGGAUCCGGGCCAGGCACUGGACAUUUCACUCAACUUGUUUGGAAGAACUCUCAACUUUUGGGUGUCGGUCGGGCCACUGCUCCGAAUGGAUCCACCUAUUUGGUCACAAACUAUGAUCCAGCUGGAAAUUUCAUCGGCCAAUAUCAAAACAACGUUUUCCCGAAACGA